UUGACAUUUGAGGAUUUUGACUUGGAGAGAGGCUAUGACACCCUAACAGUAGGAGAUGGCGAGCUGGUAGGAGACCAGAAAACCAUCUUUCACGUCCUGUCUGGUACCACCACACCAGACCUGGUAGUUAGCACCAGUCACCAGAUGUGGCUCAACUUCAAAACAGAUGACACCAGUGGCUCCCUCGGUUUCAAGGUAUCCUAUGAAGAAAUUGACCAGGGCAGCUGUGGAGAUCCCGGGAUCCCGGCUUAUGGUAAAAGGGAGGGAGCAGGCUUUCGUCAUGGCGACAGGCUGUACUUUGAGUGUCUGCCAGCUUUUGAGCUGGUGGGGAAGAAGAACAUCACCUGUCAGAAGAACAACCAGUGGUCGGCUAAGAAACCCAGUUGUGUUUUUUCCUGUUUCUUCAACUUUACCACUCCAUCAGGCGUGCUACUCUCCCCUAACUAUCCUCAGGAAUAUGGAAACAAUAUGCACUGUGUGUGGCUGAUCAUCACCAACCCUGAAAGCAGAAUCAACCUGGCCUUCAACGACCUCAGCAUGGAGAAACAGUUUGACUUCCUCUCCAUCAAGGAUGGAGGAAAGCAUUAG